UAUCUUUUACAAAGAUUUUUCUCCAGCACAAUCUAUAAGUUUGUCCCUGUGGAAGCUAAGUUAUUUUGAUGUGAUCACGUUCUAGAAAAAGCUUCUAUAGUUCAAUCCAGUGGCAGGCAUCAAGACGUAAAGAUGGCGAAACCAAGCCGAGAGGCUUGCCGUGAGGUUGGAAGGAUCUUUGCACGCAUCAUCUGUGUGAUUAUUCUCGCAAUUCAAGGAGGAUUAAUCGAUUAUUAUCUCGUUGUUUAUGUAGAUUCAUAUGUCAAUUACAACUGGUUGGCUUGGAUUGUUGCUGACAUAGCCAACUGCGUCAUUUUUAUUAUCACGUUAAUUGUGUCCUAUAAGACGAUGUACACUAGAAAUAGACGAGAUAUGCGGAGCAAGGGAAUGAUCCUCCUCAAGUCUCUAGAGGGGAACAACACGACUGGAGAGCUACCCAUGGGUUACAUUGCCUGGGGUAUAUACUCAGUACUACUCAUCACAAGAUUAGCAAUCUUCUUCAAAACCGGCGCCGCAAAAUUAAACGAGGAUGACGCCUUUGGUCCGAACCUGAUGAAAACAGCUAUAGGCCUAAGUGCAUUCGUCUUUAUGUUUCUGGUUAGUUCGAGCCAUGGGGCAAAUCCACACACUGAGCGAGCAACGUAUAUUGAGAAACUCAUCGGAUCAACCACAUUGGAUAUUCUUGACAGUGUCGAGUUUCUAGAGAUUCUGUUUAUUCAGGAGUCGAAGAUCUUCCUAACAUUUGAUUUGUGGAAUUGCGUCCUAGCAUUUUCUUGUAUCAAUCUUCUCUUGCCGACAAUGCCACUAAUUGUCCUCAGUCACACCCGCUUCGGACGCGCCCCAGGAAAACGCGUAGUGAAAAUUUUGCAUUCUGUGCUCUUUAUUUUCCUUAUCAACGUCCCAUUCUUGAUACUCCGUCUCUAUCUCUGGCAUGUCCUUAACCGCGAUAUCUCCGUCUUCAUCAUUAAGAAUGGUAUCAUGAUUAUGAUGGGAUGCAAGGAAAUUUUCGAACUUUCUGAAUCGUUAACUGAGGAUGUUGACGGGAAGACUGCUCCUGUUGCAGCAGAUGAUGAUGGUGAGAAUAUCGAGAUGGACUCGAGAGAUGCAUCACAGUCAUAAGUUUGAACUCAACCCUACCAGUGUUCUCCAAAAGCAGCUGAACCCACCCGAUGCCAUCCCCCCCCCUAAAAAAUACUAAGAUUACACAUGUCAUACCCCGCACUCAAUCAAAUGGUAUAAAGGCGACGAUUCCGUAUGUCAGACUGUUACAGAGGCCAGCCAACUCCUCUUUAAAAAUGACAAAAUAUACUUGAGACAAACAUGUAUGAUACUGCAGAGUACUUCAUGACUCUAUUAUUUUGGUGCUCGCCUUUAUCAGAAACUAGUUCAUAUCUUUUGAGAGAAUUAUUUUAAUCCAAGAAACAUUGUACCUAUACUUGUAUUUGAUAAUAUGUUUUACAAACUUUUGACUGCUUAGACACUUUUUUACUCAGCUGAUUCUGAAAGUCCACAUGUAAGAAUCUGUCAGUUUUGUUAUGUAAUUUCACUACGUCCUAAUCUACAUAAAAUAAGUUCAUGCAUCAAUUUUGACCAACUCUGUCAAAAAAAUCUGAUGGCAUUUCUCUUGAUGUUGCUGGAUGUGAGACAUGAUUUGCAUUUUAUUCUGAAAUAAAACUUUGUAGUGCUACUUCCAAUGGCAUAGACACAUGUUGUGACCUGUCUAUGACCUGCUUGUAUUUUCUCCAAAUUGAACUUGUAAGAUUUGGACAACGUUCAGAAAAAGUGAGGUAUGUGGUAAUAGUAGGUAAGAGGUGGUGGGUCAUGAGGGUAAGAGGUAUAGCUUUAUCAGCAAGUUUGUUGUUGCUCAUUAUUUAUUGAGUAAGAUUACGAUCCAUUAUUACCUAAAACAGUUCAAGUAAGGUCAGGUCAGUUUGUUAUCUUGAUGUGCUGUGGUGUUGGGAUAUGAAUGACUUUUGAGGUCAUCCUGCUAUGUUGUUGGUCAAGAUUUAUUGAGUAAGAUUGUACCAUAUACACUGCCUUAAACAGUUCAAGUUAUGUCAGUUCUUCUCACAUUUAUGUUAAUGUAGCUGUGAGGUCAUUGUGCUGGUGUUUACAACUUAAUCAAUGGGUCUGUUGUGUCAUUUAUGUUUGAAUUCAAUUUUGGCAAUAAUGGAUUGUACUCUGCUUUUAUCAUGCUGCUUGUGCUAGGGCAAGGCAUUUUGUAAAUGACUUGUCCCCAUUCUAUGAAAUCAGCCAGGAGCUGUUGUUACUCUAUGAAGACAGUCAGGAGCUGUUUUAUUUGUCUUUUUUUUAAAGCUCCUAACUGAUUUCACUUGUUACUAAAAAUGAACUUGGUUUCUGCAGAAAGGUUUCACAGGUAUUAUAGGCCUAUAUGAAACAGUCGUGCCCAAAUCAGGUAAACAGUCUACGCGGUAUUAUAUUUUCACUUCUUGUAUAGGUAUAAUCACACUGCAUUUGCAAGUCUUAUAUGGGAUGUUUUUGUAGGCAUUAAAUACU